CCCCGAGCCCCCACAUUUCGGAUAUUGACAAGUGGUACUGCAUUUGGUAAAUUACUAAUAACGAUUCUAUUCAACUGCUAUCAAAUUAUUAAGUAAGGGGCAUACCUUUUUUGUCUGCGGUUAAUAAGCGAAACGUUUGACUCCUGAUGGUUAGCUUACCUUGCAGCUGACGUCUGAUCAAGGCGGAAGAGCUCUCAAUAACAAUCAUAGCAGAGCCUUGGGAGUUGCUUUGACCUACGAUCUAAAAGAAAACAUACGCGCGCUUCAGCACGCGUUGAACUGGAAUUGACCACGAUACGGCAGAGGUAAGAAUGAAAGGCAGUUGCUACAAUCAGUUACUUUUUUUGUUAUCCGUAGUGAGCCAAGGUAUCUAGAUGAAGAGAUUAUAAAAUUAUUUUUUUCGCUCAUGCUAUUCGAAAGAUCUCGCUUGUAUCAUCUAAAUUUAAGCCUUAGUUGAUUCUGCCGUGUGUCAGUCGAGGUUUUCUAAUCGCCGGAUCGGUUUUUUAACUCUAUUCUCCUGAAUAUUGUCUGAAAUAUUCAAUAAUGUAUCGACACUUCAACAACGGAAUUGCAGGGCUUCUUUCAUCUCUUCGAAAACGGAAUUUGAAACUCCUACAACGUUAACCGUUUAGCGCUUUGGCAUUCAACAGUCAAAUUUCUUAGUUGGGCUAUAUGCUAUUCCGGUCAAUUUUUUAUUUCUUAUCCCAAAGGAAAUUCUUAAACACGGUGACUAUCCAGUCAUAAAAUUACCUAUUUAUUAUGCAAGGUUAAAUUUAGGAAGAGCGCAGUAUUACGACAUCGAUCCCAAACAAGUCGCGUGAGGUAAUAUUGAAUCUUAUGACCACUGAAUGGAACCGGGCUGAUUCCUUCUUAAAACCGAUCACGCUCGUUUUGAAUAUGUAAUGAACUAAAAUGGUGUACAUCCUAACGACAAAGGAUACAAAAUCGUGCCCCAAAUCAAAGAUAUCCCAGCUUUAUUUACCCAAUAUGUAUUGCAGUCGGUGUGUUUAUCAGGAUAUUUGACGGCUUAAAUAACCAGAUUAAGACAGAAAAAUGACAGAGAAGCGGGUAUAUUGUGAAAUGUUUAAACUUUUCCGCGCACGUUGUCUUUAAUGUAAGUUGUUGUAACGUCAUAGGAGCAAUCUUGAGUGACAGUAACAAAAAUUACAUCGUUAAAAGGUGCUUCCUACUUUUUCAGAGUAAGAUGGCGAGCUAUUUGUUGAAAAUAAUUCCCUCCCUCCUGUUCUUUUUUUGAGUCCCGUGGUAAGUCUCAAAUUCCUUGUUGACUGAUUGAGUUAAUCUCAUGUCAGCGAAACACGAUUUAACAUUAUCUUUCGCCAGCUCAAUGCAACUCUCAAUUGCACGCAACAAAUAAUAAUGGGUGAUCUUCAACGAGAUGUACUGCCAAUACAUCCUUGGAAUCCGGAAUCAAAGUGACUUGCUUCUCCAACAGAUAUAUCCUUGCGGUAUUUUGUCUGCUAAGAAGAAAGAAAUCUUUUGGAGAAAUUGCAGUACAUGAAGUGAAAUCUAUGGCGUAAGCUGGCGAACUAUAAUACUCUGCUCAAUGACAUCUUACUGUCGACCCCAAAGUUGAUUGCAUCACACCAUUUCGUGUGUUAAUGACAUUCCAACUAUGGCUAUAGACCACUGGUGUCUGUUUUCCAUUUUAAAUUUUCUUUAUCACCUGCAUUUAUUUUCUCUAGCGAAAGACAUAAUAGCAGGUGCUCUGACGAAAUAUGAACCGCUCUGACAGAAUUAUGUUUACAAUGAUGAAUUGGUGCUAUUUAUCUUUUCGAUAAUUAUUUUGAAAGAAGUCGGUUAUCACAGAAAUGCGAUUAUGACUGAUAAAUUUCACUAUCUCUGAGCUUAAGCCGUUUCAAGUUUGCCAGAGAAACAUAUUUGCCUCGUUUUAAUACGACGAAAAGACGUAGAUAAGUGAUAUCUAUCCGUUGUUGUGGUUUCUUGGGUUUAAAUACUUCCUAUUUUCAGCGCGUUCAACGCGUAAGACCUAUUGACGUUAACUUCAAUGUUUGAUAUUUUACCUGCGGUUGUCAGAAGCUGACAAGAGUUAUUGGUAUAAGAGGAUUUGGUUGGCCAGUAAAAACGUAUGUUUGCAUUGGCGGGGAAACCGCUUUUUAAUGCCUACGCCACAGACGAUAACAUCGUACAUUUAUGUAGAACUCUGACAGUGGAAGAGGUCGGCGCUCAGCAUGAACGAAAAUUAUACCAAUGCGGUUUGAAUUCUCAGCUGUUAUUGGUGCACAUGCGUUAUUAUUUGAUCGUGCAUAAAAUUCCCUCCUUUUCCUUACGACAUUACUGUCUCUUUCCACAGUCACAGUGAUCAUACGACGUCCAAACAUUAACUGGAUUUCAAGGGACUCAUAUUUUAACCUAAAUAAAGUCUUGGUUCUGCAACUGUUCCAGGGCUGUUCUUCAGUGUCAAAAAAUGAUUUCAGCUGUUGCAGAUUCGUGUUCUGUUCGUUUGGACAAAGCGAAUGGAAAAGUCUACAAAUUUCAUGCACUUGUUUUCAACCAAGGUAAGUUUGCAUUUAGCUUGCUUUAAUUUUUUUUUUCCUUUCUAUAUAUAUCUCGGCGGUAAAACAUCUAAUGAAGCCUGCAGGCAUUUACCUUUGGAGACCGAUAUCAUAUCUGCACAACUUUAAAAUACAUUGUCUUUUUAUCUUUUAUUUUAACAUGUAUUCUGUGUCGCUAAAGCCAUAGAACAAGGCAUAAGCAAUCAUGGUGGCAUGUUCCCUCAAUUUUUAAGGAAUUCAUCGCGAAUCCGUGGUGAUAGCAAAUAAUGAAGACCACAAUACCGUCAAUUCUUUCAACUGACGAACAGCUGAGGGAAAAUUAAUCAGUCUUGGGCUUCCUCUAAUGGCUUCGAACUGUUCAUGAGUUUUCUUAGGAACUUCGUAGGGAAGUGUUCACAAGUAAUUUCUCAGAAAUUAGCACAAAACAUAGUUUUUAAAGAGAAGCAGUUCGUGAACUCAAUUUCUUGAUAUUAAUUUUAAUGCAUCGGGUAAGCAUCCCCUAUCGUCAGGAACAAAAAGAGAUCUUAAUUGAAAAACUGUUUUGAGUUUGAGAAGAACCUCAACUUGCUAUGAAUCAGGAAAACCAUCUCAUUGCAAGAUUUCAAUAAAAUAGAAAUAAACGAGUUUUUAAUCAUGUUAUGCAAAGAUAGACACUAGUGAAAGUCAUAUAAAAGUGCAAACUCGAAAAAAAAAUAUAAAAAUGCGAUACAAAUUUUAACUUAGAGAGGAUGAAUUAUUUACUAGCACUUACGACUAAUUUUCUGUCACUACUACACGCAAGAAAAUCAACAAUUCCCUGUAAGCACUUUUAUGUAUUUUUUUUCCUGUAUAUCAUAUUAUUUUAUAACUUUUAUCAAGAAAAGGAAUUGAAAAGACAGUAAGUAUAAAGCACAGUAUUUCACUCACAUGUAGAACGUGUGGUUGCAGGUAAACUUUAACCUAAAACGGCUGUAAAGCUUCGUAAUUUCGUACGCAAAAUCUGAGCAGAAUUUGUCCAAGUGUGUUUCUAAACUUUACACCUGUCACAAAGAACGUUAUUCUUUAUGCUGCUUCCAAGUCGAAUUGAAUUCACUCAACGAUAUUCUUUUAAACUGACCAGCUUGUGUCCGACACUUCUUUUUAAUUUGUGAGAACUUAGUGUACACGAGAAAAAUACAAAGUCUUGCUCGGAGUUAUUUCUUGAGCGCAUCCAGAAUGGUUAUCUUUACACUCUGUUAACUUUAAUAAAACAAAAUUCUGCGUCUCAUUUUCUCGUUCGCAUGUACUAAUAGGUUUUUUUUUCUGCUGGAUAUUUCGUUCCACUGCUUUCAAUAUAAACGCCAAAUAUUUCAUCUUGACUUCAAAUAAAUUUAGUCUACUGCUCGAUUUCAUAUGUCUUCGGGUUGUCGACACAUGCAUUUCAAACAUGACAUAUUCAUUUCCUCGUGCUGCGUUAUCAAAAUAAGUGAUCAUGGCUUAUAGAUAUUGGCUUUUUGCGCUUUACUUGAGAGACAGAAACACCCGGCAUAAAAGCGACAACUGCCUGAGGCAAUAGCUCUCUCUAUCAAACGACCCGAAACUCAGUUACGAUUAAUUGAUGAUGCCUACUUAGAAUGCCAGCUUUUAAGCUCUAGCGUCAAUCCUUUUUCAAUAAAAUUUGAAUUUGUGAUUUGAACUGUGAAUUUAUUUCAGCGAGUGAAUCGUAACCGACAUAAUUUGACAACUAAAGGAAUAUCUGAUUAAUAUUUUUCGAGGGUCAAAUCAAUCAAAAGUAAGAGAAAGCUAGAUCCAACGAGAUACAGACUACGAGAUUUCAUGAUCUCUUCUUCAAACUUAAAUGCUCUUUUUCACCUAUUAACGCGAACUUUUGCUUUCCAUUCAGAUGCUCAAGGAAAUAAUAAAGGGGCAUACCUCGACCGGAAAAAGGAAAAUCCCUCCGGACCAGCAACGAGGUAUGCGCGGAAGAAUGUGGGAAGAUACUUGGAUGACUAAGAGUACAAAAGCUAGCCAGGUGUACCGCGAGGACCGGGGUUAUUUUCAUUCAUCUCCCACAACCCUAGCUAGUCGAAACUCAGCGGAUUCUUGGGUAUCAUGAGUUUCCCGUACCUACAUCUCGAAUUUGAACUCCACAAUCCCUACCGUGGAUGCGAAAAUCCACCUUUUUAAAUUAUGUCUCGAAACUAUUGGAGACAGGAGGUUAGAGUAAAAUUUAAGCCAACAAAAACAAUGAAAAGGAGUUUAAUUUUCUCUUGGAAUAGCUUGUUAUUGAUAAAGAUUUAUUAGCACUAAGACGUGUAGAAUUAAUUAAAAUCAUGUAGAAAAGUGGAAGGAAGGAUGCGAAUUUUAAAUUCAUUCCCCUGCUGCGAUUGCGCAAUUACUGCAGCAACUGCUAAGCAAGGCGUCGUUUUGUUUAUUAAAACAAUGGAGUUGAUUUUCGCAUUGGCCCGACUCAGAGUCAUUUUAGCCUGAGCCGCUAAGCAAGGGUUAAAAUGACUCUGAGCAGUGCACAAAACAUAUUUAUGCCCAAGAAUAGACACUGUAAUACUGUUAUUAUUACUUUGGAGCCGGGCAUUGAAAAAACUAGUAGAUGACAGCAAAAGAGCCUGAACAAACCCCUUCUUUCCAUUUUAAGCCCCAAAUGCGCCCCAAUGCCCGUCAAAGUAAUAGUGAUUAUUGAUUUCUGCAUGAUGUUGACAUUUUUCGCAACUGAUCAGCAGUACCCAAAACAUUUCCGAUCUCUUUAUGAAAAAGUCCUAGAACGCUCGUUUCUGUGUCAUUUUAUUUGAAGGAGUAUACUCUCCCAGCAGCCAAAGACAGAAUGGAAAUGCGCAUACAACGAACUUUUAAGCGGAAGAAAAGAUACGCAGAGACAAAACGACGACCCUUUGUCUGGUCCAAUUAGGAAAAAAUCCAAACCGUCUGAAGACUCGACAGAUGAACCUGAUCAUGAAACGAAGACAGAGAGACAAAGAGUGCGUUUCAAAGGAGUUGAUGAUUCUGAGACGGAGACUUCAACGUGUCCAGCCUGUAAACAAAUCAUCGUCAAGGAAACAGAAGAAUACGACUCCCUCAUGGAAAAAUCGGUAACUAUGGUAACAUUUUUCAUGAUCAGAGUGGUUUGGAAGUGUGGUCGUAUGCUCAAUCUUUCUUUGUUCUCAGGCCUCUCCGUUUUGUCGCAAUUACCUCGUUUUCAGGCAUCAGCGAGCUGUCGGAACCCAUUCACUUGACCGUGGGAGUUGUCCGUGAGGGCCUGAGACAAGCCUUACAGGAACCAGGCAAAAUGUCGAUCGUUAGACGUAAAAACUGAGAAACUUUGAGAAGUUGUAGAAAGUAAACGCAGAACCGCUAAAAACAAAUGUAAUCUGAAUGCAGUGAGAUCAAUCAACAUGACCAUCAUCGUCUCAUGAAAGAAUUUGAUCGUUAAAGCGCUACAGAGGUGUUAUAGAGAUUUAAGGAUAGAAAACUGAGUGGAUUUUCAACCUGCUGACCUUAACCAGUGCUCAACCUGAUGUCUCUUCAUUUCACGUUUAGAAAGAAGACCUGGUAGCCAUGGUGAUGAAUCUCAGCUUAAAUCUACAAAAUAGAAGACGAAAACUUGGAUACUGUCCAUCUGAAAAAGACAUCGCUGAACUGUAAGCAACAUUUCAAAGAGUAGAUAUUGCUUUAUACGAAUAUGGCACCAAACCUUUUCUGUGAAGUGGUUUUGCCUUUUGCUAUUUUGGGGGACUCUACUGCUAAACUAUUAGCUGUCAGUUUCGUUUGCGCUAUGAAGAGUCGAGCGGCGAAGACAUGAGAGGUCUGAGACGUAGAAUAGAGAAGUUUCUCUGUUUGAGGCUCUCCUGUUCGUUUUCUCGGCCCUACCGCGUUUAUUUCAUAAACGAAAACACGCCGGCCGCACAGGCUGAAUACCUUCUCUUAGUCAGGGAAAAGGUCCGCGGCGUGAGAACGUGGCGCAAGAUUCUCAGACCAGUCACAAAGCGAAGUGCAGCAAGGCCAAUACAAUUCAAGCUUUCUCCCUACACACGCUUGAAAUUAUUCCAGUUAUGUUCAUCUGUUGUUACCCUUUUUUUUACUCCUAGCAGAAAGCAGUUGAACAUCAGCAAAACAGAACAAACAGCUCCUAAAACAAGGCCAACAAGAACAAGACGCCGGUCUUCUUCCAGAAAGAGAUUAACAUCUGUAUGAACAGAAUUAUUGCUAUGAUCGAGGAAAUAAUGGACAAGAGGUGAAAGACCCUGAGAAAGUAAUGUAUGAAAAUUUGGAGAAAUUAGAUAUGGACUCAUGGAACCUAACGAAGAACUUUUAAUAAAGAACUUUUAAUUUAUUAAAUUAAGGAAUUUUUCAAUUCGUAAAUUAUAUGAAAGCUCCAAGCUAAAAAAAAAACAGUUAAAAGUACGCAGAGAGAUUUCGUCUUUCAAAUUAACCACUAGUGUGAUGUUAGUUAAGUAGAAAGAGACUAAAUUAGUCAUAGUAGCAUGCAUUUAGAGUAUGAUUCCUUGAAAGGACGUGAGUUGCACAAAAAGAGCAGAAAAAAAAGUUUACCUUAUAGAUGUCUUGGGAAUAUGCCGUGUAUGUAUCCUAGCAUGGCAUAUACGCAGCAAUUACCGCUGUCCAAUAACAAUAAAAAUGAAAGAGCCAAUCAGAAAUAGAGGCUCUGCCCGCCAAACGGUUAAAAGCAAGGCAGAUGACUUUUCGAGAUGAACAAGGCCAUGCUUGGCUUCACCUCGAAUUCGUUUAAAUUAAGAAAUGAUAGAGAGAUUAUUAGAUUAUUAAUAUUUAUUGCACGAGUUCUUUAGAACUUAUAUACAUUUUGCGCACGGAAAGCCACCAACAACUUAAAUUAAUGAUAAUGGUUUUCAUGUUUACGAAUUGUACAAAGUAGCAUGGUCCAACUUUCGAAAACAAAAUGGGACAUACACGGAAAAAUUUAUUAGACUAUGAUAGUCCAUCAAUAUCAUAAACUAAGAGAAGGAGCAAUAAAAUUCUCUUAUAAGUUUACAG